UUGACAUUUGUGAGACUGCGUGCCGGAAGGGCAUGUUGUUAGUUCUGUCGUUCCAUUCUGUGGCUUUAUUGCGAUGAAUUGGAAAAACGUGUUUAUAAUUUGCUACGAUUUAUUAUUCGCAUUCGGACGCGGGUUUUUGCGGUUGUUAUAAAUUCCAAGAAAGCAUAUUACCCUUUGGCUUCUUUUUGUUUUAAUGAUGACCGUAUUCUGAUGACUGUAUCGUGUUUGCUACUUUACUGAGAUUAAUAUGAUUACUUUUUUUCUUCAAGGGACAUUUUCUACUGUUAGUUUUUGUCAAAUAUGUCGCCUUCAAACAGUUGUUUAAAUGAAGACGUGUGGACAGUUGUACGGUUUGCGACGUUCACGCGACUGCUUUCCCUUUUCUUACAGGCUGUGCUUAAUGCAGUGAUUCCAGACCACGUGGCAGAUGCCUUCAGCCCUCCACGAUCAGAGACCCCUCUCCUGCUCGACCCCGUCAUCGAAGCAUUAUUUGGUGGCCUUUGUCACUGGGAUGCAGAACAUUUCCUCUUCAUUGCAGAGCGUGGUUACUUAUAUGAACACAACUUUGCAUUCUUUCCUUUGUUUCCUCUCAUCCUGCGAUUCCUGGCAGCCACUGUCCUGUGGCCUUUUUGUGGAUUUCUCACAUUGCAUGGCCGUUUAAUUUUAGCUGUGGUUAUAGGGAAUAGCAUUCUCUUUAUCCUAAGUGUCGUGGCAUUAUACAGACUGAGUCGUUUGGUGCUGCAAGACAGAAAUCUUGCCCAUGUUGCGGUCUUAAUGUACUGUCUGACACCAGCUAAUGUUUUUAUGGUAGCAGGUUAUUCAGAGACUCUCUUUGCAGUGCUUACCUUUGCAGGCCUCUGGCUACUAGAGACAAGAUUCACACUUGGAGCUUGUCUUCUGCUCGGGUUUGCUACUGGUGCUCGUGCCAAUGGACUUGUGAAUGCUGGAUUUUUGCUGUAUCUCACUUUUCAAUGGGCUCUUGCCCGUGCAGGGGCUCUUAGCAAAGGAGCAGGGGGCUUUCAGUAUCGUCUCUAUGUCUGGGAACUUAUUUGUUUUGUUCACACAGGAGCAUUUUAUGCAGCUUUCGUGGCACUGCCUUUUUGUUUGUUUCAGUUCUAUGGCUACCAAACAUUUUGUCAUCCGACUGCUACUCAAGUUCCUCCUGUGCUGCUUAAUCUGGCCCGGGACAAAGGAUACCGUGUGGCUGAUGCAGAAUCUCCAACACCAAUUUGGUGCCAAUGGCAAAUUCCAGUUUUGUACUCGUACAUACAGGAUGUUUAUUGGGAUGUGGGCUUCCUGCGGUACUUUCAGUGGAAGCAGAUACCCAACUUUAUCUUGGCACUGCCUGUUGCAAUUCUGGGAUUCAUAGCCUCAUAUAUGUACAUAAUGGCUAACCCAGUGUUUUGUAUGUAUUUGGGGUUGGGGGACAGAGGAAAAGACCGAAAAACGCAUGGUUUCUGUAACCCAAGAGUCUUUGUUUACAUCGUGCACAGUUCCAUCCUGCUUCUAAUUGGAAUAUUCUGCAUGCAUGUGCAGGUAAGACUUUUGAUAAUUGAAAAUUGAUCAUUAUCAUGUAACAUGUAGUAUGCUUGCUCAACGCGCUUUUUUUUUUUUUUUUUU